CCUGGCUCCCAGGACAGGAGGGCCCCAGCACACCUCCCAGCUCCCUCCAGGACCUUCUGGAUCAUCUUGUCCGUUGCCUUGCUGUUUUUUGCAGUUGUUGGUGUCAGUGUCGUGGGGGUUCUCAGCUUCUCCCCCAGCUCUGCCCAGGCUGGCUCCCAGCUCCUCCGAGUGACCCUGCAGGGCCAGCAGGACCCGCUGAGGAACCAGACAGCCGUGGUGGACAAGGCCAGGAGCACUGUCACCUACUACAUCACCUCCCGGAGCAACCUGAGCGCCGUGGUGCUGUACGACAGCAGGAACGGCUACGUGUGCUACAAGCCGCUGGAGCAGCGAGCCUGCUACCUGAGGAGGAUGGAGCCCUGGGACCUGCAGAUGGCUCUCAACACCUCCGAGCACAGCGCCGAGCAGCUGCUCCAGCCCAACAACCAGACCAAGUUCUACAGGGAGUUCCUGGGCAUUGUGGCCGGGCAGCAGCUGGAGCCCAGGGUGCUGGGGGAGGCUGUGCAGAGCCUGUGUGAGCACUCCUCCAUCCUCUGGGUGCGCAGAGCCCGCGGGCCGGGGAGGCAGCGCCUCAUCUACCUGUGCAUUGACAUCUGCUUCCCCAGCAACAUCUGUGUCUCCAUCUGCUUCUAUUACCUGCCCGAGUGAGUGCUGCAGCCACAGCCCCUCUGUGCCCUCACACUUGGACUGGAUUCCUCAACAGCCUCUGACCUCCACGAGGAAAGGAACACCCACAGCAUCCCCAGAGCUUCCUGCUGAUUCUGUGCUGCAGGUCAGCAGAGUUUAGAGAAGCAGCAUCAGGAGAGUUUAGAGAAACAGCAUCAGGAGAGUUUAGAGAAGCAGGAGGCCUCUGCUCAGCACUGUCAGCACAGACACUGCAGCUCUGCUCCUGUGCCUCAUUCACAGGAAUUAGGAGAGCCAGGCCCAGAGGAAUCCCAGGAAGCAGCUGGAGUUUUGGGGCUCCAGGCUGUGCUCAGCACAAGGUGGUUGUUGUUACAUCUGGGGGUGGUUGGCUUUAGGAGAGCAGCUCUCCAAGGCACUCUGUGAAACACUUUGA